UGGCGAGGCCCGAUGCGCAACGGUGCUGUAUUUACAGAGCGCUGCUCUCGAGGUGCGUGGCUGAUGAAGAUACCUGGAAACUUUGUGUUGUGAGGAAUGAUCGCCUGCUGUUUUGCAUGAAGUGGCAGUUUAAAAGAAGGAGAGAAUUCGACCUGCGCGAUACCUUUCCAUUCAAAGGUGUGCUCUCAUCUCUCCUGAAGCUUCACCACGGCCCUCACCUGCGUGCUCCACUGUUUCUCCUGUGAGUCGUCCUGGGCUGACCGGCCCUUCCUGCUCCGCCCCCGCGCCGUCUCUCCCGCCACGGUCGCAAUGACGCGCUCCAAAACCUUUCAGGCCUACCUGCCCAACUGCCAUCGCACCUACAGCUGCAUUCACUGCCGAGCGCACCUGGCCAACCAUGAUGAGCUCAUCUCAAAGUCUUUUCAAGGGAGUCAAGGCAGGGCCUAUCUCUUCAACUCUGUGGUGAAUGUGGGCUGCGGGCCGGCAGAGGAGAGGGUGCUGCUGACCGGUCUUCACGCGGUGGCCGAUAUCUACUGUGAGAACUGUAAAACCACUCUGGGCUGGAAAUACGAGCAUGCCUUCGAAAGCAGUCAGAAGUACAAGGAGGGCAAAUUCAUCAUCGAGCUGGCCCACAUGAUCAAGGACAACGGGUGGGAUUGAAAACCCUGAGCUCCCCACGGCCCUUAACGCUGGAAAGAGACGUGCAGCAUAUAUGAAUAAUUAGUUUCAUUAUCUGGCUGUAACUUCCUCCCUGGAAAUCUGUCUACCUGACACACACCUCUAAACCAUGAGGGUGCAAGGUUCACAGCAGCAGCGCUACCCAUUUCCCAUGUGUGUAUAUAUAUGAAAGAAUGUGUGCCAGCUAGACACCAAGUGUUUCUAUUAUGUGAGUACUUUCCUAUUCAAUUCAAGGGAGUGCGUGUGUGCGUGUGUGUGCAAAUCGAGGCACAAAUCGACGUUUGCUUUCCUUCUGGGUUGGCCAAGGUCACAGUUUUGUCCCACACUCAGGUUUAACUAAUGGCUGGAUCCAUGGUAAAGAAGGGUGAAAGACGAACCCAUUUAGCACGGCACCUUUUAACUCAUCUGAGGCGAAAACAUACUAAAGCAUCGUCCGUUUGUUUCCCUUUUGUGUCUUCAUUUCCUCCAGUUUCGCCACUUGCAUGUUGUUUAUUUAUACGUGUAUUUAUUUGAUCGUGAUUUUAGGGACGUUACGUUUAUGCUAAACCGUAGCAGCCACGGUGGUCUUACUUUGACCUCGUAUAGCGGAAGUAGCGACCUGUCCAGAUUGUGAUCUGUCUCCUUUUGAAUGUGAUUAUGGAGUAAAUGAGGCAUUCGUAUGCCGUUUAUAGGGCACAGGUCGCGUACAUUAGCUAGAGCCAAGUCUUCAGCCCCGGCCGCA